GCCGUGUCUCGUCGACACGAAAGGGAUCGGGAAACCACAGCCGCUGCGCGGCGACAACUGGCCCUCCUUCUGCUUCAAGUACAUGAAUUUCAUAUCCAGCAUGUACCCGACUGCGCGAGACCUCCACGAGUGGGCGCAGAGCAACGAGGACACGAUCCGAGGCAUCGAGGAGGCGAAGCAGAUCGACCCCGACGCAGAGCGCAUCCAUAACCAGCUGUACACCGUGCUGGCGCAGCUGGUAGAGGGCGAGUCCGAAGAGAUCGUGCGCAACUGCGAGAGCCACAAGUACCGCGGCUUCGAGAGCUAG